AUCUAUGCUGGCAGGGAAAUAAAAACAGUGGUCGGUGUGCUGUUCACGCUUAAAUGUGCGCCGGCGGUCGAGGCGGUAGAGCUACAGUCCCACGCCACUUGAAGGAUACAGGCCAGCAGAAGCCGAACACAAAGAAGCAAAAUGGAGGCGUCAACCAGUCCAAAUUUUCAGGCGGUGGUGGACAUUCCUGCGUUGUAUAAGGAUCCCUGGUACAUGAUCACAGUGCUGGGCCUCUACCUGUACUUUGUCACUAAAGCGGGACCGCAUUUCAUGGAGUGGCGCAAGCCUUACGAGCUCAAGCGCCUGAUCUUGGUGCAUAACUUCAUCCAGGUGGUGUCCUGCAUAUAUGUUAUUAAAGAGGUCCUGUUAAUUACGGACAACACCAUAUACUUCUUUUGGAAAUGCCGCGACGUCGGGAGCAGCCCGGAGCUCGUGAGACGCUACUACAACUUGGCCUACUUUCUCUUCUGGCUGAAGAUCUCUGAGCUUAUAGAAACAGUCAUAUUUGUGCUUCGCAAGAAACAAAACCAAGUGUCCAGGCUGCACCUCUUUCACCACUUUUCCACGGUAACGCUGGUGUACAUACUAAUAAACUUGAACGAAAAUGGUUCUGCUGCUUACUUCUGCGUGUUCCUGAAUUCUAUCGUUCACGUUAUUAUGUACUCGUACUACUUUGUGGCGGCAGUGGCGGAUAAGAACUUGGUCCGCGCCCUCACCCCAGUGAAGAAGUGCAUCACAGUGACUCAGAUGACGCAGUUCGCCCUUAUCCUCACACAGGUUGCUUCCCAGUUGGUAUUGUGUGGCAUGCCGCCCCUAGUGCUCCUCUACUUCACCGCCGUCAUCGGAGGCAUGUUCUACGGCUUUUACGACUUCUAUAAUAGUGCCUAUCAAAUCUCCAAGAGGCGCAAGAGUCAGACCCCUCAGCCAGACUCAACAAAAUGAUUCCCUGUCACCAAAUCACGCAAUAAAAGCGCACCAACAAGUGUGUAUGUGUAUCCAAA